CCCAAGUCCCAGCCGUCCACCCCUGCUGUCCCAACACCGAGACUGUGAGUUCACUUCACCUAACGGGAUCUGGGUGGGUUGGAGAGAGAUGAACUGUGAAUGACGCGGAGGAGCGGGGUGGACACAGCACCAUUGGGACUGAGGCGGAUCUAAGGAAAUCAAAAUCCUCCCUAGACUUCAGUCCUCCUCUCAUUGUCUGUGAAUUCCCUCAGCUCUUCUAAGAAGAGGCUCGGCGUGUCCCACUUGCUUUUGGAAGGUCAGGGCUGGGUGAUCGGACGGCGACAACUGGCCGCGGUUUCACCCCCACAACCAUGGACUACGAGAACUACAGCUAUGUCGAGUUGGUCGAGUACGGAGACGUGGAGGAGACCCACGCCGCGACCCCGACCCUCCAGACGGAGACGCUGCACCUCGUCUCCGUGGUGAUCUACAGCAUCUCCUUCGUGCUGGGGCUGGCCGGCAACGGCGUGGUCAUCUGGGUGACGGCGUGUAAGAGCAAGCGGACUAAGAACAGCCUGUGGCUGCUCAACCUUGCCGUGGCCGACUUCGUGUUCGUGCUCUUCCUGCCCUUCUCCAUCGACUACGUGCUGAAGGACUUCCACUGGGAGUACGGCCGGGUUCUGUGCAAGCUCAACUCCUUCGUGGCCGUCAUGAACAUGUACGCCAGCGUGCUGUUCCUCACCCUGCUCAGCGUGGACCGCUACGUGUCUCUGGCGCACGCAGCCUGGUGCCAGCGCUCGCGUCUGGCCCGCUGCCCGCUGGCCGUGUGCUGCUGCACGUGGGCGCUGUCGGCGGCCCUCAGCUCCCCCACCCUGGUGUUCAGGGACGUCGCUCACUUCCAGGACAAGGUCUACUGCUACAACAACUUCCCGGCGCCGUCGACCCACGUGGUCAUGGUGGCGGUCCGCACCACGGUGGGCUUCCUGCUGCCCUUCAGCGCCAUCGGCACCUCGGGGCUCCUCCUGGUGCUGAAGGUGCGGCGGUCCGACGGAGCCGUGCGCGUGUCCAGCUUCUCCAAAAUGGUGUCGGUGGUCAUCCUGGCGUUCUUCCUGUGCUGGGCGCCGUUCCACACCCUGAGUCUGAUGGAGCUGUUCGUCCACACCUCGCGGUCGGGGCUCCUGAGCGGGCUGCUCAGGAUGGGCUUCCCCCUGGCCACCAGCCUGGCCUUCUUCAACAGCUGCGUCAACCCCAUGCUCUACCUGUUCCUGCACAAGAAGGUGAGGGGCGUCCUGAAGAGGGCCUGCCUCGAGAUCACCAAGAACUCCAUCAGGGAGAUCAACUCCAUCUCUGCGUCCCAAAGCUCCUUGGUGGAGGACCUGCCCCACAGUCUCACGGAGAUGCCCGUUGAUUCGUCCACGGUGACGUCAGAGGUCCCAGAACACGCACAGUGAUGACAGGGUUGAGGAAGCUCUUUUUCUUUAGGUUCACAGUUUGCUGGAUUGGUCACACACCCGAUGGGACGUACCUUUAACUCUUUAAAUAGACCACUCUUAGAAUUCAAUGUAUUCGAGUUCUUAUAGAAUUAGUAUGGUUUAUACAAGUCUGGCACUCUAACACAGAUUAACCGAUGUGUCGGUCCUUUCUUCUGCAGUAAUUUGUAUUUUUUUUUUACUUAUUGUAGCCGCUGAUGUCUAUUUUGAGUUCUGUACUUCUAUGACUAAAGGAUUUAUUGAAAUAUGUAUUAAUAUAUAUAUAUAUAUAUAUAAAAUAUGUAUUUAAGUUUAUUACAACGUAUUUGUUCAAAUAAUAUCGAACAAACUAAUAUAACCUACAAAUCAUUUUUACAAAUCAUUUAUUAAAAAACUCAUUAAGGAAAAGGACCUAAUUUAAAAAGAUUCACAAGCUGAAGUUUUUGGUUUAUAGCCCCUCAAAGAUGGUGCUAGGAUGUUUAAAUAAAUAUGCAUUUCCUGUGUGCCAAGCCUUGUUUUGGAGCCAUUUCCUGUUAUCCUUCUCUGGCCUUGGAACCUCACCCUGGUUGUGUGGGGGUCGAUUCUAACUGUUGUCACAGAUAGAACUGUGUGUAUAUUGGUUCUAUGUUAUAUCUGUACAUAUAAAGAGCCUUUGACAAUCAAUAAUUACAUUGGGAAACAUUUAUUUUAUUUUAUUUGAUUCUCUUCAAAUACUAAUCCUAUAACAUGCGUAACUUGUGAACUUAUAACUUUAUGAACUCACAUUUGAUUGCUGCAGAAUAUGGAAAAAUAAAUAUAUUGGUAAAAAGCCUG